AGCACAGCUUCUCCCCACAUCACCUCCCUCUCUCCGGCCAGCUUCACUGCUAGAGGCGCUCUCCCUGCCGAGCGGAUGUGGACUCUGCCUGGGCAAAGGAAGCACAGCGUCCCGUCUCACUCCGCGGCUACUACAAGAUAGCAAAUAACAAGCCGCACCGUCCAAUUUACAAUAUCAGGGUCGUUUUAUUCUGAUGUAUUUUGAAACAUUAAAGACACAUUUGCCUUUUUGUCUUUCGUGUGUGUGGAUUCCCAUCUGUAAAGUCUCCACAAAGUGAUGAGCAGCGCGGAGCCAGGGAAUGUGUUCUCUUCGUAAACUUCUCUAAGUUUCUAUCCGCUCGAACUCCCGCCAUUUAAAAACAAAAAACAAAAUGCAAGUCCUCCUGUACACCGCUGUGUUCCUGUACCUCAAGGAGUCUGCCUGCGAAGAGCCAAAAGACAAGUGUCCGACUCGGUGCGACGUGAGUACCUGUCCGAGCCCCAGCUGCCCCAGCGGCUACGUGCCAGACCGCUGCAACUGCUGCCUGGUGUGCGCCCAGGGAGAGCGAGAGCCGUGCGGCCGCAAAGACGACCUGCCGUGCGGGGACGGACUGGAGUGCAAACACCCGGCGGGCAAGCGGCUCUCCAAGGGCUUCUGUCGGUGCAGGUUCAGCGCCGAGGUGUGCGGCAGCGACGGGAAGACGUACGGCAACGUGUGCCAGCUGAAGGCGACCAGCAGGAAGGCUCUGCAGCAGGGACUGCCAGGCGUCACCCAGGUCCAGAAAGGACCGUGUGAGUCCAGCACAGGUCCUUCACAUGCUGCCAGUCCUCGUUACAAGUUCAACUUCAUAGCCGACGUGGUGGAGAAAAUCGCUCCAGCUGUGGUCCACAUCGAACUCUUCCUCAGGCAUCCUCUCUUCAGUCGGAACAUCCCUCUGUCGAGUGGGUCUGGCUUUGUGAUGUCAGAUAACGGACUAAUUGUAACCAAUGCCCAUGUAGUCUCCAGCACCACACCGGUGUCCGGUCAACAGCACCUCAAGGUCCAGAUGCAUAAUGGUGACGUAUACGAAGCCAACAUCAAAGACAUCGACAAAAAGUCAGACAUUGCUACCAUCAAAAUCAACUCACAGACAAAACUGCCUAUAUUGUUUCUGGGCCACAGUGCAGACCUGAGACCCGGGGAGUUUGUUGUUGCAAUCGGCAGCCCUUUCGCCCUCCAGAACACCGUCACCACUGGCAUCGUCAGCACCGCUCAGAGAGACGGCAAGGAGCUGGGCCUCAGGGACUCCGACAUGGACUACAUCCAGACAGACGCUAUUAUCAAUUAUGGGAAUUCAGGAGGACCUCUUGUCAAUUUGGAUGGUGAGGUGAUUGGCAUCAACACCCUAAAGGUUACAGCAGGAAUCUCAUUUGCCAUUCCCUCCGACAGGAUCACUCGCUUCCUUAAUGAUUCAUUUGACAAGCACAGCAAAGAUGUGAGGUCAAUAAAGAAGCGUUUCAUUGGAAUUAGGAUGCUGACCAUCACACCAGUGUUAAUUGAAGAGCUGAAACAGCAGAACCCAGACUUCCCUAAUGUCACCAGUGGGAUUUAUGUCCAUGAGGUUGUUCCUCACUCACCUGCACAAAAAGGUGGUAUCAAAGCUGGUGACAUUAUUGUGAAACUGAAUGGCAAACCUCUGAUGGCCACAGCUGACCUACAGGGGGCACUGCAGGAGGAGACAGCCCUUCUACUGGAGGUCAGGAGGGACAAUGAUGACUUGCUCUUUAACAUCGAACCUGACGUUAUCAUGCAGUAGACAUUGGAAGCAAUGCACUCAUGCAGAGUUAGACCAACAUCUAAGGCCCUAUUUUUGUUAAAAACCGUUGGAUGGUGAAAGCUCUGCACCUUUGCAAUGAAACGUUGGUCAAGGGCACACAUCUUCUGAUAUUUUGGCAACUGGUUGUUAACUGUACCAUAGUAAAAGGAGCCAAUGGCCGACAUUGUGCAAUUGAGUUUGGUAUCAAGGAUUUACAGUUGUUCCGCCUGCUCAGACAGGUCAAUAUUGGAACAGGUUCACACAUGAACCCCCUACAGAAUCGAAUAAACCCAAACCCCUUUGAUAUAAGUUAUGUUUUACUUUGAUUAUACAUUUUUCAACCAGUAAACACAUUUGCUGGACAGUUCCCUUAAAAAAUAUGAUGUUAAUAUGAGGCAAUAACUGCUAAGUUAAGCAGCUCAAUAUGGUGCACAUCACAAAAAGAUAAAAGCAAAGUUGGUGAAUGUUAUUGAAUUGAUAAAUUGCUAAUAAAUUAAAACAAAAACAAAAGUGAUUAUAGUAAAUUAGCUUUUCAGCAUUUUUCUGACUGGGGGACAUGGUCAUAAGUGUUCUACAAAUCCAUCAAACUCCAAUGACCCCUCAGUAUCCAUACAAGAGUACCAUCCAAAUUGCUUCUACUUAGAUCUAGUUUGCAUGGCUUGUAGUCAGCACGCAAGUUCCCUGCCAUCACAUGAUCCAUCCGUUUGGCAAUUCACCUGACUUGCCCUGCACUUGACCCGAUUGUUCUGGUGGGGGCAGCACUUGCAAGACAUGCCCUCUGGUCUCCCUAAUCUAAAUCCAAUUGAGGUAGCUUGCUUCUCAAUUGGCCACUCAAUAGGGGGGGAAGAGGGAACUGAGCUGGAACAAGCAAAGCUCUUGAAACUUGCGUUGGCAAUAAAUCUCAUUCUGAGUGUGACUCACCAGUCCAUCUACAUUCAAACCCUCAACUUUGGUCAUGAGUUUUGGAUGAUGACUUGAAGAACUGUGGAUACAAGCAUUCAAAAUGAGUUUCCCUUGUAAGGUGUCUGGUCAGAGUACCACAAGGAGCUCAGAGUAGAUUGGCUGCUUCUUCAUGUUGAAAGGAGUCACUCGGAGUGGUUCAGGAUUCUGAUUAGGCUGUCUUCAGGAUGCCUCCCUUUUGAGGUGUUCUGGCCAUGUCCAAUGGUGAGGAGACAAAGAGGCAGAGCAAGAAUACAGUGGAGGGAUUAUAUAGCCCAUCUGGCCUGGGCUCCCCUACGAGGACCAGGAGGAAGCAGUUGGAGAACAGGAUGUAUGGACUUCUUUGCUGAAUGGGUGGAUGAGGAGAGUCACUGGGUAUGGCUUAUUAUUGCCAGUUUGACCCAACAAUAAAUGUACCAAUGCCAACCUCACUGUUAAUGGUGAAUUCAAUUGUAUCGGAUGAUAAAUUGAGGUUAAUGAGAUCAAGUCUGUGUUCAUAAAACCUUUCAGGUCAUUAUCAAAUGCAAAUGAAGUGCAAUCUUAUCAAUUCAAGUCACCUUUAUCAACUCUGCUUCUAUCAUUUGAGUUCCUUCCUAUAGAUGAUUCUGAACAGUAUACCAGCGUAUAGUGUCAACAUACUCUUUGUGCCUCGUAACUUGCAUGUGGACUACACUUUGCACCACUUUUUUCAUGAAAAUAGGGUUUUAGUUUUGUCGAUAUUGGCCUUCAAUCAUCCAGUGCAGAUACGAAGGACAGUCUUUCUUGACCUCAACUAUUGAAUGCUAUGUUUAUAAUUCUUUAUUAUUUGUACUGUAUGUCAGUUGUAUGAUUAGAGGAGCCAUUCCAAAGUGUUGCAGGAGGAUUUUGCUAAAUAGUUUGUAAAAACGUGCAAUAAAACCGGAUUUAUUUUAGAUAUGAAAAUGGUUUUAUUAAAAGACAAUGAAUAUAGUCCAGGCAGCUUCAUUCCAAAACUGCUGAAACCCCUUUAUUGAAAAUGGUGACUUAUAUUAAAUCUUUUGCUGGAAAAAAAGAUCCUAUAACCCCAUACUAAGUGCUGUAGUACAGCUUGAGUACAGAUGGAUGAGAGGAGUAUUCCAGUGGAGUCCAUCCUAUCUGAACCCAAAAGUUGUAUCACCUCUGAAAGACUUUCUUAUUGGGUUACUUGUUCUAGGUCUUGAUCCUAAAACCCCUUACAGAAAUUAUCAGACGGAAACAUGCGUUGUCACAGGCAAUGUCACAGUCAAACAUAAAGCAACCCGAGCUGUGUCAAAUUUCUGUCUGCAAUUCAAGGGCCCAACCACAUUCCAAAAAGGCACAGCAAAUAUAUGCAUUAGUGCAGCUUACCAUUUAUUGCUUGAAUAAAACCUACUCGCUAGAUUGCUCGCUACUGAAACCAACAAUUACUCUUUGUGCUCAAGCCAAGAAAAAUCCCAGACUUAUCUCUGUACAGGACACAGAGAUGAAAUUAAACAGUUAUCUGAUAUUGUUGGCCCACAAAUGCAUGUCCCUUUUUUAAAGGACCCAGCUAUUUAACCAAUAUUAGUGAAUAGGGAGUUUCCCAACGCCACAUGCAAAAGUCUGUACCACAGCUGCAGAGCCGGAGAACACAAUGAGGUAAACGUUUAGCAGGUUGAAUUCUUAAUGGGCUGAUUGUAAAAUAUGCAUAUUUAUAUUCAUUUUAGGGUAGUUGCCUAUCACCAUGAGCUUCCAGUGUGUUCAAGUUUGAGAUAGUGCCCAAGCAGAUAUUAAACAUUGUCAUGUUAUCUAUGGUUUAUGGUUGGCAUGACUCUUUAUGUCCUUCCAUAACCAAAUGUGAACCACAUGUGUGUUAAUUAAGUUUAGAUGAUGUACUCAGUUGGAAUGAAGAGCACAAAAUGUGAGUGGAUUUUUUUUAUAUAGUCUCACCACUGCUGCUGCUCUGUAUCAUAACUGUUUGGGUUUUUAGUAUGAAUAGACUUUUAUCACAUCGUCAAAACCAAAUGUUUACAUGUAAGUUGCCAACAAGGCAAUCCUGUUUUCACCGAAUAAAGUUUUGCCGAACUAUCUUUGUUUUAUUA